UUAUUAGUUAGACUUCUCCUUCUCCAUCGUGCCACUAUUGGAAAUGUCAUCCUCCAGCGACCCGGAAAAACCCCACCUUGCCUUUCUCCCGAGCGCGGGCAUGGGCCAUCUGAAGCCCUUCUGCAGCCUCGCGGCCGCUCUCUCCGAGCGCGGCUGCGACGUCUCCUUCAUCAGCGUCCAACCCACCGUGUCCGCCGCCGAAUCCUGCCACAUCGCCGACUUCUUUGCUGCUUUCCCUCGUAUCCGUCGUCUCGACUUCGACCUCGUCGCAUACGAUCCCUCCGGCUUCGCCUCCACCGACCCUUUCUUUCUCCGUGUGGAGGCAAUUCGCGGCUCGGCGCACCUCCUCCCCGCCCUCCUCGCCUCCUCAUCUCCUCCAUUCUCCGCCCUUGUUAUCGACAUCUUCUUGGCUUCCACUUGUAUUCCCAUCGCCGCUGCCAUCGGCCUUCCGAGCUACAUUUGGUUCAUCUCCUCCGCCGCAAUGCUUUCACUCUUGGCCUGCUUCCCUACGUGCAGUCCUGGCGUCAGCGACUUCGAGAUCCCUGGGCUUUGGAGAGUACCCAAGGCAUCGAUCCCUCGGGCACUUCACAACCUUAGUCAUCCCUUCACCACCCAGUUCGUGGAAAAUGGUCGAAUUCUUCCAAAAGCUAGUGGCAUCUUGGUGAACACGUUCGAAGCACUGGAGCCAGUGGCGCUAGCAGCACUCAACCGGGGGAAGGUGGCGCCAGGGCUCCCCCCAGUGAUCGCCAUUGGACCACUGCAAGCUGCGAGUCUUGGUCAUGAAGGCUCGCCUUUGUCCUGGCUCCACGGCCAACCGGCACGGUCGGUGGUCUAUGUUUGCUUCGGGAACCGGACUGCCAUGUCGAAGGAACAGAUCAGGGAGUUGGGAGUCGGCUUAGAGAAGAGUGGGUGUAGGUUCUUGUGGGUGGCGAAGAGUAAGAUAGUUGAUAGAGAAGAUGGAGAAGUGGAGUUGGAGGGGUUGUUGGGUGAAGGGUAUUUAGAAAGAGUGAAGCAUAGGGGGUUGGUGGUGAAGGGUUGGGUGGAUCAAGAGGAGAUUCUGAGGCACAGAGCCAUUGGAGGCUUUCUUAGCCAUUGUGGGUGGAACUCGUUGAGCGAGGCGGCGUUACAUGGUGUUCGAGUCCUGGGGUGGCCGAGAGGAGGGGACCAGAGGGUGAAUGCAGAGGUGGUGGCUAGGAGUGGGCUUGGGAUUUGGGUGGAGUGGAGCUGGGAUGGUGAAGAGGAAGUGGUGAUGGGGGAAGAGAUCGGUGAGCGAGUGAGGCAGCUGAUGGAGGAUGACGGCCUGCAGGCUUCAGCAGCGAGACUGGGGGAGGAGGCUGUGAAGGCCGUGGCUGCGGAUGGGAGCUCUGGUAAGGGGUUGGCAGAGUUCAUCGGUAUGCUAAAGAUGCGAUGAAGCUGAGAUUGUUUCCUUUUGUUGGUGAGUAAACCAAAUUUAGUGGUGGUCUCAUUAUUUUGAAGCAACUUCGAUGGCAUUCAAGGAGGUCUUAUGGGUAUGGUCCAAGAGGUCAAUAAUGUAAGUGGGAUCAUGGUAAGUGAAUUAGUCCCCAGAAUUAAAUCAUUCAUGUCUCUUACAUAAGUGUCCCCUAGAAUUUGUCUACCAUUUUAUGCAAGUGUUUAGAAGAUAGGUCUUUUGGAUUAUAGUUAUGCAUUUAUGCAAGGGAUAUAUGGAGGGGCACUAUGUUUCUGUAUAAUGUAUUGUAACAUAUCGCUGUGUAAGGAAGAAGUGAUUGAAGAAUAUAUUAGCGUGCGUUCCCUAGUAUUCUCUU